CCAUUCGCUGAAACCGGGGGACUCGCUCCACACGGCUCGCUGUGAUCACUACACCGCUGGAGUCCUGCUGCUGCAGCUGCACGGAGGAGAUUUGACACAACCAGAGAGAUGUUCCGUUUCUGGAAGGAGGUGACUGGAUUCAAGAGGAUUGCUGAUUCUCCACGUGGACUGCGGUUUUAGUGAUUGUGAGCUAGUCACUGCAAAGCACAAGUUGAUUGUGCUUGGCUCAGCACCACAGUAUUUUCAGCCAUCUUCUCCUUUCACUAGAUGAUAAAAAACAUUCCACCGAAUUGUCAUCCAUGGUUUCUGCCCUAAUCAAGACUAUAUCAUCCUACAUUGAAAAGAUUUGCAAAGGAAUGUUUACAAAGAAAUUGGCAAACCCAAUAAAGAAGAAAGAGAGAAGCGAAAAUAAAGAACCUAAAUUGACCGCUGAUUUGCAAGCACACAAUCUAGCUCUUUCUAAUACACUAAAGACUACAGUGAAAAAGAUUUCCAAAUGCUCUUCGGCACGUAACAUAUCGCUUGAAGACGACGACGGAAAGAACGACUGCUCAUCCUUGUCACCCACUUUCAGUUAUCGUGUAGCUAUAGCAAAUGGACUCCCAAAAAGCUCACCUUUUUUGAAUAAUAAUGAGAGCAUCUUUCCUGAGGUUCUUUCAAUUGAUAGUAGUUACUCUGACUCUUUGAGUGAGACAAAACCUGUCCGGAGACUGGAUGAGCAUAAAUCACACACAAUGCCAGUAAGACGAAACAGGAAGAGCCUUAUCAGUUUGGCUCCCUCUGAUGGAAGUUCUGAGGGGGAAAGAGUGGAACGCUCCAGUCUACACACACUUAGACUGGGUGCUCUACGCAAGUUAAGAAAAUGGAAAAAGAGUCAGGAAUGUGUCUCAUCCGACUCCGAGGUGAGCAAUUGGAGGAAAACACUGGGCAUUCGGAGCAAGUCCUUGGACCGUGCUGGACGCCAGCAAAAGAGUUCAACCCUGGAGCCUGGCUCCUCCUCCACAGGUUGCAUCAGUCAAACCCAGGAUGUCAUGGAGAUGAUUUUUAAGGAGCUUCAAGGAAUCAGCCAGAUAGAGACAGAACUGUCUGAGCUGCGUGGCCAUGUCAAUGCUCUAAAAAGUUCAAUUGAUGAGAUUUCCAGUAGCGUGGAAGUCGUUCAGAGUGAGAUUGAGCAGCUUCGCUCGGGAUUUGUCCAGUCUAGAAGAGAAACACGUGAUAUCCAUGACUACAUAAAACAAAUUAGCCACCAGGCCAAUAAUUCAACCUUGCGGUUUCUCAAUGUUCCAGAAGAAAGGCCUGAGAAAACAGAGAGUCUGAUAUAUAAAUUACUAAAAGACAAAAUGGGUUUCAUUGAUGCCCACAAAACAAUAAAAAUUGAACUUGCGCAUAGGCUCGGGCAACAGAGAGAAUGUUCUAAUGCAAAACCCCGUCCUAUUAUUGUAAUUUUUGCGACAACUCAAGAUAGGGAUUUAGUCUUGAAAAAAUGCUAUAAACUUAAAGGAACAGGCAUUACAGUCUCUACUGAUAGCUUAACUCAUGAUGGAAAGGAGAGAAAAGACAAAGCAUUGCCAUCCUCCCAAACCUAUGAGAGCAUGGAUCUAAAGGUCUCUGGAAAGGAUAAAGAGAGUGAUGAUUGGGACUCAAUGGACAGUGACAAAGAAUUGGAGGAAUUAAGCAGAAACAAAUAUGCAAUGGUGAUUUCAAAGCCUGUUCACAAGAGUAAAUCAGAGAAAAGGCGAUCCCAUGACCAUAGCAGGUCAGGAGAAGAAGCAGGCUACUCAGGAGCAGUUCAUUAUGCUGAUGACUCUUACUAUGACCCAGACAAGCAUGCCAAGGCUUAUUACUCUGAUUUGACCCCAGGUUGGCUUUCUCAGAGUGACUAUUCCACCCCUAAACUCAGCCGCUCUGAGUCUGACUGCUCAAAACUUUGCCAGUCUUACUCGGAAGACUUUUCAGAGAGCCAGUACUUUACACGGGCCAAUGGCUGCUCCUUGUUGUCCUCCUCAGAUCAGGAACUGUGGCAGAGAAAACAAGAAGACAUGGCAUCCUCCUGGUAUGCUGGCCCCAGUGACCCACUCAGCCAUGAAAAUCAAACCUAUGAACACAAUGAGGUUGAGACAACAGAAACUAUUGAUAGUGGGGUGAGCAAUGGACUUGUCUGCAUGUCUGGGGACAGAAGCCACUACAGUGGCUCCCAGCUUUCUCUGCAAGGUGAUCUAUCACCGUGGAAAGACUGGCAUCAUCUGGAACAGGGUGCAGACUCUGGCUUGGAGGCCUCAAUAGAGGUCAGUAGUCCCUUUGACCCAUCAACCAUCCCUGGUUUUCCAGAGAACAUCACUAAAUGUCAGGAAGUUGAUUUGCAAUUUGAAGGAGAUGAAGAAUUCAUGAUGCUUGACAGAGAAUCUUCUCUUCCACCAAUAACGACACACAUCAUUCCUCAUAUGGCAGAGCGUGAGUCUGUCAUAAAGUCAUCUGCUCGUCAAUCUAAAGAAGGAUGCAAGGCAAUGACAAAAGAAACCACAAAAGUAUCAUCUAAAGAUGCCCCUAAAGCUGCUGCUAAAGUGACACAUAAACAAACUAAAUUGGCUACUAAAGAAGAAAGUACCAAAAUAUUGCCAAAGGAAAGUUGUAACAAGGUAACUGCAAAGGCUUUGCCUAAAGUGACCUCUAAAGCAGCGCCUAAAGAGUUACAGAAAGAGAUUCAGAAACCCACAGCUAAAGAAUCCUCUCAAGCUUCCCGUAAAGACAGUCUUAAACAGACACCUAAAGAUGCCACAAAGCCCACUGUUAAAGAAGUAUCUAAAGUGACAUCUAAGGUAACUUCUGGGGAGGUUGCAAAAGUCCCUCCAAAAGUGGCCCCAAAGGAUAGCCCCAUAAUGACUCCUAAAGAAAGUCCUAAAGAGUCCCCCAAAGACAGUCCUAAAAUAACCCCAAUUGAGAGUCCUAUUUCAACCCCUAAAGAAUCCCCUAAAGAUUCUCCUAAAGUUUCCCCUAAAGUCAUUGCUAAAGAGUUCCCACAAGUUGCAUCUAAUGAAGGUCUAACAGCUGCUGCUAAAGAGGUUACCAAAGAAGCUGCAAAACUACCCACAACAGAGGCCCCAAAAGAGAUGCCAAAAGUCGCAUCUAAGGAGAUUGGUAAAGUACUCACAAAAGAAGUUUCUAAAAUUCCAUCUAAAGAACUACCAAACGUAGCCAUGAAAGAGACUCCUAAAGUUCCCCCAAAAGACACCCCUAAAGCAGCCCCGACAGAAGCCCCUAAAGUAGCAUCCAAAGUAGCCCCUAAAGAUGCCCCCAAGGAAACUUCCAAAACACUUCCUAGAGAAAAAUUCCCUGAAUUGGAUGUCAAUCAUAGCUUUCACCAGACCCAGAAUAAGACUUCAAGUAUGUACCGUAGCCAGAGUGAGAUUAGAACUGAGAAGGUUGAGGAGGUUCCAAAGUCUUGGAGCAGUAGGCUCAGCAUAGAUCUCAGUGAGAAAUCCUUUGGUUUUGGCUUUGGCUCUACACUGCAGAGGGCCAAGUCAGCUCUGGAAGUUGUUUGGAAGUCAGGUGCUCAGAGUACCCCUACUCCUCCAGAAGAGCCCGCCAACCCCCCUCCAUCAUUUAUGGGACGUUUCCGCACCCUGUCCACCUCCACUGCAAAUAGCCCUAUUACCACAGUAGACUCAGAUGCCUGCACUGAGCCUGUUUUCUACAAAGCAGAGGAUGAGAAAACAGGUGAAGAAGCUAAAGCUGGUGAACAACCAGUAGACAAUGAGACUCACUAUGUUGAGGUGAUGGAGCAGGUACUAGCAAACUUGGAGAACAAAACUAAUGCAAAUGAGACAGAGGAGAUAGAAGAACCAACACAGGAGUGUGAGACCUCUCAGGACUAUAAUGCGUCUGAAGACAUUGAGGCAUCUCAAGAUAAUGCCUUUCAGGAUUUUGAGGCUUCACAAGAUUUUGAAGCUACAGAGGACUAUGAGGAAGGUAAAGAGGCAUGUGUUCUGGAGUAUGAUUUCAGUUUGGACGAGCAGUAUAAUGAAGAGUACAAUGAGGAUUAUGAAACACCAUUCACUGAAGACACUGCUGAAUAUGAUGCAAUGGUGGAGUAUGUUGAUGUAGAAGAACCGGAUGAGACAGAGGACAAUGACGUGACAGAGGAGAUGGAAGAGGGUUAUGAAGAGUUAGAGGAGGUAGAUGAAAUCAUUGAGGAGGCCACUGAGAUGUCUGAAAAAGUGGAGCAACAACAGGAGGAUGAAAACAAAAAUGUUGCCGAAGAGAAGACCGCAGAGGCCCCACCCAAGAAGCGUCUUCGACCCACAUUUAAGGAAGCAGCACUCAGGGCCUACAGAAAGCAGAUGGCUGAACUGGAGCAACAGAUCCUGGCAGGGGACGCCAGUGCUUUGGAUACUCAGCCUCGCAGUCUUUUGGAUCCCAAAGUGCUCGGCUUGCAGACUGGAGGGGCUGGCAGUAUUCUUUAUGGUAUUGACAGCAUGCCUGAUUUACGUCGCAAGAGGACAGUGCCGCUUGUCCGAGACCUGGCUUUGACCCUCACUGCUCGAAAGGCAGGCAUCUCGUUCGCUCUGGUGAACCGGUCCACCCUGAAUAAUGAGGACCUGAAACUACAUGUCUUCAAGAAGACUCUCCAGGCCCUGAUCUACCCAAUUUCAUCCACAACACCCCAUAACUUUGAGGUGUGGACGGCGACUGCACCCACCUACUGCCAUGAGUGUGAGGGACUGUUGUGGGGCAUCGCCCGUCAGGGCAUGCGCUGCUCAGAGUGUGGCGUUAAAUGCCACGAGAAGUGCCAGGACCUGCUCAAUGCAGAUUGUUUACAAAGGGCUGUGGAGAAGAGCUCCAAGCAUGGGGCGGAAGACAAGACCCACAAUAUCAUCAUGGCUAUGAAGGAGCGCAUGAAGAUAAGGGAGAAGAACCGCCCUGAAGUGUUCGAGGUGAUCCAGGAGAUGUUCCACGUCUCCAAAGAGGACGUUGUCAGCCACCUGAAGACGGCUAAGCAGGCUGUGCUUGACGGGACCUCCAAGUGGUCUGCCAAAAUCAGCAUCACAGUCAUGAGUGCACAGGGCUUACAGGCCAAGGAUAAAACUGGCUCCAGCGACCCUUACGUCACCGUCCAGGUGGGCAAGACCAAGCGCAGGACAAAGACCAUCUUUGGCAACCUCAAUCCAGUGUGGGAUGAGAAGUUCUACUUCGAAUGUCACAACGCCACUGACCGCAUCAAGGUGCGUGUGUGGGACGAAGACGAUGACAUCAAAUCACGGGUGAAGCAGCACUUUAAGCGCGAAUCAGAUGAUUUCCUGGGCCAGACCAUCAUCGAGGUUCGCACUCUCAGUGGAGAGAUGGAUGUGUGGUACAAUCUCGAUAAGAGGACAGACAAGUCUGCUGUGUCUGGUGCCAUCAGACUCAAGAUCAGUGUGGAGAUGAAGGGGGAGGAAAAUGUGGUUCCUCCUCACGGCCAGUACACCUGUUUACAUGAGAACCUGUUCCACUACCUGACCGAGGUGAAGAACAGCGGUGUAGUGAAGAUCCCGCAGGUGAAAGGGGACGAGGCGUGGAAGGUCUACUUUGACGACGUGUCUCAGGAGAUAGUGGAUGAGUUCGCCAUGAGAUACGGAGUGGAGUCCAUCUAUCAGGCUAUGACGCAUUUCUCAUGUCUGUCCGGCAAGUACAUGUGUCCUGGUGUACCAGCAGUGAUGAGCAACCUGCUCGCCAAUAUCAAUGCCUACUUCGCCCACACCACCACCACCACCACAACCACAGCCUCUGCUUCUGACAGAUUCGCUGCCUCUAACUUUGGAAGGGAGAAAUUUGUCAAACUACUGGAUCAGCUGCAUAACUCACUGAGGAUCGAUCUCUCCAAAUAUCGGGAUAAUUUCCCUGCAGGAAACCCAGAGCGACUCCAAGAUCUGAAAUCCACUGUCGAUCUGCUAACCAGCAUCACCUUCUUCAGGAUGAAGGUACAAGAGCUCCAGAGUCCACCACGAGCCAGUAUGGUGGUGAAGGACUGCGUGAAAGCAUGCCUGGACUCGACGUACAAAUACAUUUUUGAUAACUGUCAUGAACUGUACAAUCAACUCCUCGACCAGAGCCGGAAGCAGGACAUUCCCCGAGAGGAGCAGGGUCCAUCGAUAAAGAACCUGGACUUCUGGCCAAAACUCAUCACUCUCAUGGUGUCUGUUAUCGACGAGGACCGGACGGCUUACACCCCAGUCAUAAACCAGUUUCCACAGGAGAUGAGCGUGGGCAAGAUCAGCGCCGAGAUCAUGUGGAACCUCUUCGCCCUGGAUAUGAAGUAUGCAAUGGAAGAGCAUGAUAAGCAUCGCCUAUGCAAAAGUACUGAAUAUAUGAAUCUUCACUUCAAAGUCAAAUGGUUCCAUAAUGAGUACGUCCGCGAACUACCGGCUUUCAAGGGUGUUUCUCCUGAGUAUUCUCUGUGGUUCGAGCCAUUUGUCAUUCAGUGGCUUGAUGAGAACGAGGAUGUCGCCAUGGAUUUCUUAAACGGAGCCCUGGAGAGGGACAAGAAAGAUGGAUUUCAGCAAACCUCAGACCACGCCCUCUUUUCUUGUUCGGUGGUGGAUGUGUUUACUCAACUAAACCAGAGUUUCGAGAUUAUCAAGAAGUUGGAGUGUCCGAACCCACAGGCUCUGGCUCACUUCAUGUGCCGCUUUGCAAAGACUAUCAACAAAGUACUUCUGCAGUAUGCUGCAAUCAUAUCCAAGGACUUUCCAUUACAUCUGAGUAAGGAGAAUGUGCCCUGUAUCCUCCUCAACAACAUCCAGCAGCUCCGUGUCCAACUGGAGAAGAUGUUUGAGUCCAUGGGAGGAAAACAGCUGGACGCAGAGGCCAGUGAUCUGCUAAAGGAGCUGCAGAAUAAACUCAACACGGUGCUGGAUGAGCUCAGCGGAGUGUUCGGCUCCAGUUUCAAACCUGUGAUCGAGGACUGUGUGAAGCAGAUGAACCAGGAGCUGGUGCAGAUGAAGGGUUCAGCUAAAGGGAGCAACGCUGCCAUGGAUGCAGAGACAGUCCUCCGACCUCUUAUGGACCUUCUGGAUAAAAAUCUGAUGUUAUUUGCCAAGAUUUGUGAGAAGACAGUGCUGAAACGAGUCCUCAAAGAGCUGUGGAAAAUCGUGCUGAACACCAUCGAGAGAACCAUUGUUCUUCCUCCGCUGAGUGACCAGAGUCAAGGGGCUCAGAUGAUCUUCAGUGCUGCCAAGGACUUGGGCCAGUUGUCAAAACUGAAGGAGCAUGUAAUUCGAGAGGAAGCCAGAAGUCUCACUCCACGCCAGUGUGCAGCCAUGGACCUUGUGCUUCCUACCAUCAAGCAAUAUUUCCAUGCUGGAGGAAACGGGUUGAAGAAAACUUUCCUUGAAAAGAGCCCCGACAUGAAGUCCCUCAAAUAUGCUCUCAGCCUUUACACUCAACCUACAGAUGCCUUGAUCAAGAAAUAUAUAUGCACCCAAACCUCUCAAGUGGUCGCUGUGAACAACCUCAUCUGGCAGACCAACGCCAUGUUCCGUCCGUUCGUGGAGGUCAACGCCGUGGGACCACACCUGGCUGACAAGAAGCGCAAAUUCAGCACCAAGACCAAGAACAACAAUUGGUCACCAAAGUACAAUGAAACAUUCCAGUAUGUUCUGAGUAAUGAACAUGGUCCAGAGUACUACGAGCUGCACGUUUCAGUGAAGGACUACUGCUUCGCCCGCGAGGACCGCAUCAUCGGCAUGACGGUCAUCCAGCUCCGAGAGCUGGCAGACAAGGGCAGCUGCUCAGCCUCCUACCCCCUGAUGAAAAGCAUCUCCAUGGACGAAACGGGUCUCACCAUCAUGAGGAUACUCUCUCAAAGGACCAACGACGAGGUGGCCAAAGAGUUUGUGCGUCUCAAGACAGACACACGCUCAACGGAGGAAGUGUCGUAAUGAGCGGGCGAGAAUGCAGUAUUAAAAAGAGUUGUGUUGUCUUAAGUAAGCGAUAGAGGGAGAAAAAGAAGGAGCAGGAGGAGAAAGAGCAGGAGCAACAGUUGUUCUUUCAGGGUAGAGGGUGGAAACAGCAGGAGAAACAGAUUGUCCAAAGAGAAGCGGAGGAGGCCCAAAUGUGGCGAGGCAGCGGGAGAAAGAGAGAGGGAGAGUUGUGUUUGUUUGUUUUUGUGCAUGUGCGUAAAACAUCUGUUGGAAUGUUCAUUUUAAAACUACAGUAUGUACAAGUGUUUACUUACCGUAUGCUUACUAUUAAGUACUAUAUUCUACAAGUUAUGUUAACGAGACAUGAAAUACCUUUUGUACAACAUCUAGUCUUUUUGAACAGAGAUUUGUUCCAAUAAAGUGCCAAACCAGUGGAAAAAAAGAACAGAACCAACGUAUAUGAAUUAUGGUGAACCUAGUAUGUUUGAAAUUUGCUCGAUUAAGUUGUCUGGUGUAAGUCCUUUUCUGACCGUGUGGCGUUCUGAUUGUUGCAAAGUCUUUCAUUUUGCACCCUCGUUUCUCGGCUUCACGUUCUUCCACAAAGCACUGUUGUGCAUGUCCUCUUCUCGGUCAUGUCUCUCCCAUGAUUCCACGGUGACCACAAGCAGGGUCCUGUCCCCUUGCCUUCAAACUGUUUGUAUUUUAAGUCGACCUGAAAAUAGACCAUGUUUUUUUAAAUGGCGAUGACUGCUAUGUAAACCUUCAUAGGUGUUUGUAAUUUUAUAACCAUGACAACAAUGACGAUAGCCUCCAGUGCUAACAGUCUUAGCAGAAAGGAUGGAAACGUUUUUUUCCUUUUCUUUGGCUUUUUUUCUUUUUUGUUUUCAGCCAUCGGCUUCCAGCCUUUCUGAAUGACCACUGUGAACAUGAGCUUUGGAAGGCAAGCUUACAUGACAUUGCUGACAGUUUGAUAUUAUUGUUUCAUAUUUUUCCGAUAACUUUGUUCCUGAUAAACUGCCAAAGUUAUUUAAAAUAUUUGUACAAAAGCAAUCCAUUACAUGUAUACAGGUAGAUAUGUACAUGUGAUCUAUUACUUUUUCAAUGCUUACUAUUUGAUUGUUAAUAUGGUGGUACUAAGAUUUUAUUUUUUUUAUUUCCUGUGAAGCUGUUAACCAAUAUGAAAGUUGCACAUGUUACUUCACACAUUAGUUAUAUCAGCUUCUUUCAUUGGAAUUAUUUUUCUUCAUAAAGGAAAGAGUCUAACAUUUGGUAAAUAUGCAACAUUCCUAUGUAUUGCACUGAUGGCGAAUUGUAUGUCAUGUAAAUAUAU